AUGACCGUCACGGCCUUCGCCCUGGCGCUGGCGCUCGGCGCAGGCGUCGCCAGAGUGGCGGCGAAUGGCAAUGUGGACGUGGCCAGCAUCGCCUCGGAGUUGGAGGACGUGCUGAACAAGACGGAGUACGAGGAAAUGGAGGAACAGCAGCACAGGGAUCAUCAGGAGCUACAGUUGGCGUUCUGCGUCAUCGACUCCAUCCAGGCCGCUGUGUCCCUGGGCCAGGCCGGCGUAGGCAUCGCCGAGGCGACGCACUCCUGCAAACCGAAGAAGGAUCCCGUGACGGGCAAGUACAAGGUGCCGAAGGGCAAGGAGGCCGCCUGCGCGGAGACCAUCACCUUCAUCAUUACUUCGUUCGGCCACGUCGCCGUGUUCCUAUCAGGCGCCGCUUCCCAGUGCGCCAAGGCGAUCAACUUCGAGGCGUACUGUGCCCAGGACGUCACUGACCUCAUCACCGGCGUCUCGCUCCUGGCGGAGGCGGGCUCGGGGAUGGCCGCCAAUUGCAAGGGGGGGGCGGACUACAACAAGCACGACGCAGAGAAUGCUGCCGACGCCGACGGGAGGCGCCUUGGCGGCAACCUCUCGCUGGCCCUGCCGCUCGCAGCGGAGGACGCCAGGCAACUCGCGGGCGCCAAGGAGAAGUCGCAGGAGGAAGAGAAUAUCGCCAUCGGGAUGUGUGUCUUUGACGUGCUGCAGGCGGCGAUGUUCCUCGCACGCGCGGGCGCCCUCAUCGAGGAGGUGAUCUACGGGUGCAAGGAGUACGAGCGAGCCGACUAUGUAUAUGACGAGGAACAGGAGAUGAAGUCGGACGGGAAGGAAGUCGGAAGCCUUGGAUCGGUGAACAAUGUCACGGCAGGUUUGAAGAAGAAGUCCUUGAAGGCCGCCCAGGAGUAUUUGGACGAGGCACAGAAGAACGCGCCGCAGGAGGAAGUGGAGGUGUCGGAGGAACAUGGCUGGUUCGGACGCAGGCUCGCCAUGCUUGGAAAGGCGCCGAAGUUCAACCUCACACGGGCAGAUGUGAAGCACGCACAGCGGAUCUGCGCCGUCAACGUCCUCCACUUAAUAUCGUCCUUCUCCUACGUUGCCUCUUUUCUGUCCUUCGCGGCCGCCAAGUGCGGCGAGACGAAAAGCUAUAGCGCUGCUUGCGCCGGAAGCAUCAUCAAUGUGAUCACGAGUCUGACGAUGGUGUCGGCGAGUGCCAUGGACUUCGAGAACUCUUGCGCCAUGGUCGGCAAGAACGACACCGACGCUAGCCACACCGAGGAGAACCCUGGCGUGCGGCGCCUGGGGGAGGCCACGGAGAUGCUGGCAAAUUUGGUGGUGUGA